AUGACAAAAGUAUAUUCGUAUUUCAUAUUAUUGACUCUGUGGUCUUAUUUCGGAGAUUGCACACAACCUUAUUUUCCACGUCAAGUUGUUUUUUCAUCAGAUGAUGGUUUAAUAGUAGCAAUUGAUGAAAUAAAUCAACGAGCUUAUCAAACACUUAAUUAUAGUUCAACAGAACAGCAUACAUCUUUUGUAAUGCAACAUUUUCCAUAUGCAGUUCCCGAUUCACCACAAUCAAAAUAUUACGUUCAAUUAUUAUUACAAACUCCUCCAUCACUUGGUUGUCAANAUAAACUUGUUGAUUUUGAUAUUCACAUUGUAAACAGUAAUAAUAUAGACAAUGAAAAACAUUUCCUUUGGUAA